ACAAUCUUCUCUACCUAACAGUCUACUACGAAACUUGAAGUUUAUUUCAAAGAGGGAACUCGCGACCAUCAAAUCAACUGUAAAAAUUGAUUGUACCCAAUAGAUGGUGGGUUCCCCAUUAACGCGCUUCCACCCAUUGAAAUGAACGCGGGGGCAGACGCGGAUAUUCCACUAUUUGUGGCGGAAAAAUUGUCUUUCGUCCGCAGCAAACAGCGAUUCUCAGGCAGCCAUUUGCUCUCCGAAUCUUGCAUUAGCGGCCGAUUGCUCUGUGAUCUCCUACACCCAUUUUCAUUUUCAUUUCUCUGUGCCUUCGCUUCUGCAAGCAUUGAAUAUGGCUUCCACACAGUCAUCUGCUCAGUCCUCUCCAACUAUUUCCCAACUCAUCGACCAGAUUAUCAAUACUAAACAGGACGCGCCAGACUUUGAUCUUGAUCAAUUAAUUGCCAAUAUUGACAGAUUUUUGGCCCUUUGUAGAGCUAGUCAGGGAAAAAACUCGAAAAGUGAGAAGUCAACAGUUGAUUGGCUGUCCUCUGCAUCCGACACUGCUAAAAUCUCAGAAGGCGUCUCAGAAAACAUCAACAUACUUGCCAAAGAGAUAUCGGAAUACUCUGGAAAAGAACACUCGACAGCUAUAUCAGUGCUAAGGGCGGCUGGAAAUGUUCACUGGGCUGGCCUCUGUUUGUUGCUAGUUGCUGCGGUUCUUAACAGGGUGGACACUAUUAACAAAAACAAGAUGGAGUGUUUAGACCUUCUUAACUCUAUGAAUGAAUUGGCAAAAGUAGUCCGGAAACUCAAGGAAAUUCCUCGCGCAAAAGAUGAGAUGCUAACUCAAAUAAACGAGUCUAUUGCUCUGAUAGUGCAGGGAGCCAUUCUAUGUUUUUCGCAGAAGAAAACCAAAAGGUUUAAAAGGUUUUUGAAUGCUUCAAAAGACAAAGAUGAUCUUGUAGCACUUCGCUCAAAAGUGGAGGAGAUGUAUAGAAGCCUUGAUCUACAUAUAAGCCUCCAAAGCUUAUCUGUUUUGGAGAACAGUCGCAUAUGCAACCAGCCACGUAUUCACUCUGUUGAAUAUGCAGUUGGCAUACAAAAGCAAAUUGAUGAGGUGGUAAAACGCCUAAAAUGGGAAAGUGAUUCGCCUUCUAUAGCAGUGGUUGUCCAUGGGAUUGGUGGAUCUGGCAAGACGACAUUAGCAGAUGCAGUGUAUCAUUCCCUAAGAGACAAACUCAAUGGUUGGAAAUAUUCUAAAAUUACUCUCCCCCAAUACUUGAAAGACUAUCCCCUUGUGAAAGAAUUGCAGUCCUUUAUUCUGGAGGAUUUGACUGGUAAGAAAGAAGAUGUAAGAGACUCGGAGAGUGGACGACAGAGGUUGAAAGAACUCAUGGAAAAAGAAUCCAUAUUUUUGUACAUUGAUAACGCUUUGUUCAGAGAACCUCUUCAACAGCUUCUACCUAGAGAUAUAACUAAUCCUAAGAAGCUACGGUUGCUUUUGACCGCAAGGAAAACAAAUAUCUCAGACGUAAUGGAAGAUUGCAGGAUUAAAUAUGAAAUUUAUCCAAUAGAACCUCUUUCUCUUGACGCAGCCAUUCAAGUGUUACGCGGAAAAAUAGUUCCAAACAGAGACACAAACUCCCUUUCGAAGGAAAGGCCUGAGGUAGAGGUGAUUGCCCAGAAAUGUAGCAGCUGUCCUCUCUUUUUGGAAGUCGUGGGUGGCUUUCUCCGUAGGAGGAGGAAUGAAGAUGAAGCUUAUGAAAGAGUACUUCAAUGGAUGGAAAAUGGAGAGCCUUUCAGUGGCGACAGGGAGGAUAGGUUUGAUGAACAAAGAAUUAUGUUCGCAUAUGAUCAGCUUGAACCAAAUGCUCAAGAAGCAUUUCUUGACAUAUGCUCCUUCUUCUAUGGUUGGCACUGGGACUGGGAGGAAAUUGCACGCAUUGUUGGUAAGGUAGAAAUGGAAUGCUUAGAAGAGGGAGCGUUGAUAAAAAGAAAGAAAGAAAGAUCUGAGGACGGUAGAAUAAUUACCAAGAUAUCUAUCCAUGAUCUUCUUCUGAGUGUUGGGUGCAAGAAAUCGAAAAACAACCGAUUCAAAACUCUCGAAGAGUCCACUAAAGCCUUGCAGAAUGAUAAGCUUCUUCCUCAAAUAAAAGGAGUGUGGUUGACAAAUAAAAGGUACUUUUUUCGAGGAGUACAUAGCGCAAGCUAUAGGGAGGAAUUUCUAGGUCCAAUUCAUGUACCUGCAGAGGUGCUGGACGCAAUGAGCGGGUCUCUGAGAGUAUUUGCUAUGGGAAAAUGGACUCUUGUGAAAGGAAAGUGCAGUAAAAGCUUUGAUGAGCUCAGAUUUCUUCAAGCCGAUGGAGUGUCUAAUCUGCCAAUGGAUAUAUCAAAGCUUUCUAGUUUAAGUUACAUCGAGUGUAGUUUGGAGGGCAACAUAAAGUUGAGCGAACUGAAGGAUCUGUCGGCUUUGAAAGUGGUCAAUGUUUCAAAACCCCCUGAUAGCUGGAAUUCGAACGAAAUCUCAGAAGUCGGUUAUGGUAAUAAACUGUGGAAAUUGGCUUUAAAGGGGUUUUGUGGUACAGGGCUCUCAAAUUUAGUCAAUUUGGGUUAUCUCAGGAAGCUACAACUGUCGCAAUGUGACAAUCUUACAGAAUUAACAAAAUCACUUGGGAAGCUCUCAUUAUUAGAGGAGUUAUACUUGGAUGGUUGUAAGAGCUUAAAGCAGUUACCAGUGGGAUUUGGGAAACUGACGGCCCUUGCUGUUCUUAAUUUGAACGGAUGUGAGAGUUUACAGGAACUUCCACUGGAUUUUGUGAAUCUUUCUUCCUUACAGUAUCUGGAUUUAAGCUAUUGCAAGAGUUUGCAAGAGCUUCCAAGCAAUUUUGAGAAGCUUACUUCAUUACAGUAUCUAAAUUUGAGCUGUUGCUCUAAGCUGAUCAGGCUUCCAGAAGGGCUAGGAUAUUUGCAAUGCUUAACAGAGAUAUAUUUUAGCUCUUGUGAGAAGCUGAGUAGCCUUCCACAAAGCCUGGGAGGGUUGUCCUCUUUGUUGAUGUCCGAGAUGUCUUUUGACAAAUGCUCAUGUUUGACGAAAUUACCAGAAGAAACCUCGUGGCUUUCAGGGAUGACAAGAAUUUCAUUUGAAAAUUGUUCCAGGCUUAAGAGGAUCCCCUUCCAGUUCAGUAAGCUCACUUGUUUAGAGAUUUUAAAUUUAGAAGGAUGUGAAAGCAUUGAAGAACUGUUCAAUGAUUUUCUUGGUCUGGAAGUUUUGAGAACAUUAGUAAUGAGACGAUGCAGGAGCUUGUCUACUCUACCUCAAGGCUUUGCAAAACUAGAGGGUUUGCAAAUUUUACAUUUAUCCGAAUGUGAUAAGUUGGAAGAAUUGUGCGGCGACUUCCAUUGCCUUGGAGCAUUAAAAACGUUGGAUUUGUCCACAUGCUGCAGUUUAACAAAACUUCCCAAUUUGUUUGGUCAGCUUGGUUGCUUGGAGAAUGCAGAUUUAUCUGGAUGCUCUAAUUUAGCUGAGCUUUGUGACGAUUUCCACACUCUCCCAUCAUUAAUAAGAUUAAACCUCUCAAAUUGUAAGAGGUUGGGGGCGGAAUGGAUGGAUCGUGUGGGAGCCACUCAGAGUUUGUUGUAUGUAGACAUUUCAGGAAGUGAAGGGAUGACUCAACGGUGGACGGAAAUGCAAAGGGAAAAGGAAGAAUGGCAUCUGGUGGUGGUCACUGACUCAUCCUCCAAGUUGCAGGAUACCGAACGAACAGUAUGGCCUUUGCUUUUAGAAAAGAUUAUAUGGAAGAUAUUUCGUAAGGCAGGGCUUCUGAUUGAUGCUCAGCAACGCCCUUUCUAUUCAUCCUCCCUCCCAUCGCACGCUCGUCUUAUUUUGAUCACUCAAAGCUAUGGAGUAAGCCCAGAGACAUGGCGAUUAGUAGAAAGCAACCUGGAGCGCCUGGAAUGCAAUUCAAAAGAAUUGGCAAUCAUAUAUGUUGGCAAAGAAUUUGAUGCAUUGCCAUCAGAGUUGGCUGACAGAAUUGUGGCUCAUUCACCUUUUCACUCAUUCAUUAAUAAUUUUUAUGAUGUACUUCCGAAAUCAUACAGCUCUAUCGGUGUGUUUGCCAGCACAAUUGAUGGUGUAGAAAGAAACACUGUAAAAUAUUUGUCAACCUGGGAAGACAUUUCUUAUAUUUCGGAUGAAGUUGAAUUUCUCGCAAGAAAUCCAAGUGAAAGCAAUGUUCAAUUGCUAAGGAAAUUGUGUGAGACUCAAGAAAACGACUUUUUUCUGCGGAAUGGUGAACAGGUGAAAGUGAAAGAUCUAGAGGGCAAAGUGGUAUUACUUUUCAAACAAUAUUCUUUCCCAAUGGAAAAAGUUGAAACUUCGGCAUUGAAAGAUGUAUAUGUAAAGCUUCAAAGCAGUUCUGACUAUCGAGCUGAAGUAGUUUGCAUUCCCCAAAUGUGGUCACACAGCAAUCCUGAGGACUACGAAAGAGCUGCUACAAGUGCUCCAUGGCCAAUGGUCCACAAUCCGUGGUUGAUAAAUACACAUUACUGGACAAAUUGUGUUGGGUAUGGAAAUGGCUUGGUGGUUGUUGAUGAGAAGGGAAGCAUAUCGCACAAGGAUGCAAUGUCGAUGAUAUUGAGGUGGGGGAUAAAAGCAUAUCCUUUUUCUGAAAGUCAAGAAGAGGAACUGAGAAAGGCAGAAUGGAAGGAGUUCAACUUCAGCUCUCAAACCAGCUUGGAGUUUAUUUUUCAGAAUUUCGAGUUCUUUCAAUCAAGGGCAACAAAGGCCAUUAUUCGUGGACAAAUGAUAUUUUUGUGUGUGGGUCCAAUUGACAAGAUGUUGGAAUUCUUGCCUCAGCUAAAUGAUACAUUGCCAAAGCUAGAAAACGUCAUCCAAGUCCUUUAUGUUGGGGAAGAAUAUCUAUCCCAAGAAGAGAAAGAGUAUGAAAUGAAAAGAAAGGAAAUGUGCAGCAUUACAAGCCUCUCUUGGUAUGAUGUUUACAAAUUUUGGAAGCGCGUCAAAUGUUUGUGGGAUGAGUUGGGUAGGCAAGGUGUUGACGAAAAGACUGUGCAAGUGAGACAGAUGGUAUGGGCCAUUGUUACUACACUACAAAGGGAAAUUGGAGCAGAAGUAGAUGAAAAGGGGAAGGGGAAGGGGAAGGGAAUAAGUAUAAUAGUAGUGGAUGAAAAUGGGGAAAUGGUAAAUGGAAGUGAUGAAGAAAUUGUGCAGUUAUUAUGCCACAGUGAUGGGGGCUCAGAUUAGAAGUGAAGGAUUUAGCAAUGUCCUUCGUAGGAGAUGGACAAUUUAUCACAAAGACCAUCCACACCAUCAACUAGUUAAAGUUUAUGGUCAAUUUAUUUUCAAAUCUGGAUCGAUUCCCGAGGAAAGAUGUGACACAUGCUUUCAUGUUAUUGAUGAUGACUGCAUACGCUAUCGAUGUAGUGUAUGUGAGAAGUACGAAAUGUGCCAUAAAUGUUUUGAAAUGUUAAUUUGGCUUGUUUUUAUGUAAUGCCUGCAAAGAAGGAAACAAUAAUACAAAUAUUACUUCCCGUUAAG